UCGGGCAGACUGCAGACUUGCAGAGCACAAGUCAGGCUAGAACCAUAGGGCCUAGGCUGGCAGCCGAGGCGUCGGCGGCGGCCCAGCAGGCGGCGGCGGCUCUCGGCUUGUCGGCGGCCGGCGCGGGCAGCGUAGCAGGGAGCAGGCGGCGGCGGCUCUGCGCGGCCGCGCGGCGUCGGUCAUCGGCGUCAGCGGCGGUGGCUCUCGGCGUCCGCGGGCGGCGGACCGCCCGUCGCAGCCCUCGGGGUCGGCGGCGGCGGCAGCCCUCUUAUUUUUUCCCUCCCUUAUUUCAGUAGAUCGUUUCUUGGUUAGCCGGCCAGUCGAAUUGUUGAUCAAGAGAAUUUGGGUAUUCUUGGGAGUUUCUGAUCGAUGACGCGGUGGGCGGAUCUGGACGUGCUCCGGCCGGCGGUGGCCGCCGACGUGCAGGUCGUCACGUCGGAUGGGAAGAGCAUCGCCACACAUUCCUUCGUUCUUGGCACGGCGUCGCCGGUGCUGGAGCGGAUGAUCGAGCGGGCACGGCGGGGGUGGAACACCGAGUGCAUCAUUCCGCGUCCUCGGCGUCUCCUCCGACGCCGUCUUCGCGACUUCGCCUUCCUCCAGUUGCUGUACGCUUCCAGGGUGACGCCGGAGGACGAGGAGGUGGUGACCGCGCACGGGCCAAGUCGGCAUCAGCGACGGCGGCGCGGCGCGACUACGCGGGCCCUAGCUCCUGCUCAGGUAAUUCUGGGCCGUGCUUGGGCCAGCACGGCCCGAACAGGCCCGACAUAUCUUUGGGCCGUGCUUGGGCUUUCUCUUCUCCACCUUGGCCUGGCACGGCCCGGCACGAUUAGCAGGCCGUGCCGGCCCACCUUGGCCUGGCACGGCCCGGCACGAUUAGCAGGCCGUGCCGGCCCGGCACGGCCCAUUCUAGCACGAAGCACGACGGGCCAGGCCGUGCUAGCCCGGCACGGCCCAAGUCCCAGCUCUACGGGCAGGUCACCUACUCACCUACCGCAGGUGUAGUCAUUGAUCCCCCUCUACACAAGCAGGGUUGUGUUUGGUUUAGCGCAAAGGCUGUGUUUAGAUCCAAAGUUUGGAUCCAAACUUCAGUCAUUUUCCAUCACAUCAACCUGUAAUACACACGCAACUUUUCAGUUACAUCAUCUCCAAUUUCAGUCCUUUUCCAAACUUUGCAACGAUCUAAACACAGCCUUAAGUUUGAAUUUUGGUUGAAAUUGUAAAUAAUGUGACUGAAAAGUUGCGU